CAUAUACAGUUGCCAUUGUGUUGCUAUGAGAACCUGGAGUUAAUCACUAUGAUUUACUGAUGAUUACUGAGAGCUGAACAUAGAUUUUGUCAUUACAUUACCACACACUGCCAGAACCCGACCGUGGUUUCCAGGGAAACUGGAAAUGUGAAGCUUUUCAAUAGACACAGCCACAGCUGAAAGAGCGAGGAUUGCCUAAGAUAGAUUCUUCUAGAGACAAACCUGUAGCCGUUGCAAUCACUAUCACUCGACAGAGGAGAUACACGGACAAAUGUGGGUCUCGAUCAACGGUGAGAUUUGCGAUGUCUGACCCAAAUCUGAGAGAAAGUGAUGGAGAGACUUCAGUCUGACUUAGACUGCUGAGGUACUUCAUUUAAUGCAGAGACAAAAUGGGAAGUCUUAAGGACGAGAUGAGAGGUCUCAGAGAGGACCACAAGCCCUGCGAGAAGACAGAUGAUGGAGAGUGUCCAAGCGGCUCAGAUGGCAGCGCCAAGCCUGAGGGACCUCAGAUAAACACAAGUCAAGAGUCAACAACUCAUGGGGAUUAUCAGCCAACACUUCUCGUGAAUGCCAGCCAUGUCGAAGAGAGAGACAAGAAUCCAAUAUCCAAAGAUCAAGUGCUUUCAGGAGGGGUUUGUGACAACGCUGACCAAUCAGACUCUAUAGGAGUUAAAGACUCUGAACAGACUGACCCCAUUCCUCUCACACAACAGCCUGAAGCUGAUAAAACAACAACAGCUACACAUAACGACACCACAAUCUCUAAUAAGUUCCUGAGUGAUGGAGAUGGAGAUGGUGAAAUUCAGGGGGCAACGUCUGAGGAUAAAAACAUGGGUCAUGACAGAGAAAAAGAGGCAGAAAUUGAGAAUAUCCUGGCGCCUGUGCCAUCAACUCCAGCCCCCUCUGACCCACGUUCCCCAGCUCCUUUUGGCCAGCAUCACAUGCACACACAGGUGAGCCUGGAGGUGGUCCAGUGUCGCUCUGCAGCCACCAGCCCCAUGACGCCUCCCGACGGCGCCCAUUCCUUCGUCUUCCCCAGCUCUUUCGGGAGAUACGGAGCUGUGGGUGCUGACACCAAAGAUGCUGAGCUGCAGGUGGGUCAGCAGGUGGAGUUCUGCUCUGUUGCCACGUCCCCCAUGACCCCAAAGACGCCAUCGACCACGGCUUUCCCAGAGCUUAGUGGAAGAGAGAUGGUGAAAAAGAGCGUGGGGCAGAGAGAGAGUGGCCAACAAGAGAGUUUCCCUGCAGCAAAAAGUCCAGCAGAGGCUGAGUCAGAGAUAACUGGAGCUUUGAAAUUUACCACAUCAAAGGAGCUAAGUAAAGGCUUCAGCUCCAAUGCAUCUCCAGAGAGCUCUGCCAGCUGCCCUGUUGCUGGGUUAAGGGAUUCACAAGUAACUCUGGAGGACAGUAAUCAGCAGUGUAAGCAGCACAGGAUGGGAAGUAUGGAUCAAGACAUUACAAUCCUGGUGACCCACCAUGGCAAUGAUGGGGAAGAAGAGGAAGAGCAGGCCGAGACAUCUUUUUAUCCCAUAGAGCCAGAGAUGGUCAAAAUAGAUGAAUAUGAGGAACUCAGAGAAAACAACAGUGAUGUAAAGUGGGAGGAUGGAAAGGAAAAUAUCUCCACAGAAACUGUUGCUCCUGAUCAUGUACAGGACACUGCAAACACAAACCCCCCACAAAACAAAGCAGAAGAAUCCUCUGUUUCUGCUUGUGACGAAGCAAAAACAGACGGGGCAUGUGAAAAGUCAGAGGUCCAAGAAAACAAAGGUGCAUGUGAAGAGUUGAGAGACCUUCCUGUGACAAAGCCUCCUGUCCCUGAAUCUCCAGCUCCCUUCGGCUGCCACAGCAUCCGCACGCAGGUGAGCCUGGAGGUGGUGCAGUGUCAGUCUGCGGCUACUAGCCCCAUGACCCCUCCUGAGGGGGACCACGCCUUCUACUUCCCCAGCUCUUUCGGGAGAUGUGGAGCUGUGGGUGCAGAGACUAAAGACGCUGAGCUGCAGGUGGGUCAGCAGGUGGAGUUUCGCUCUGUCGCUACAGCACCUAUGACCCCAAGAACACCCACCACCACCAGUUUUCCUGAGAUCAAGAAGGAAGCCAGCAUAGAGGAGAAGAUAGUGGAGGAGGAAGAGGAUAAAAAGGAACAGGUGGUGGAGGAAAAAGAGGAAGUAGUUCAAGAGGAGGAGAAAGUAAUCGAAGAGAACAAAGUGGAAGCAGCUGAAGAGGAGGCAAUAAAUUGUAAGGAGAAAGUUGAGGAGCCGGUGCAAGAGGUGAGCUGGGAUGAAAAGGGGAUGACGUGGGAGGUGUAUGGGGCGGUGGUGGAAGUGACUGUGCUGGGCUCAGCCAUCCAGAAACACCUGGAGAAACAGGUGAAGAAGAAGCAGCCCUCCAUGCCUCCCCCUCCUCCGCUCAACCCCUCGGCCAUGCCCCUCUCUUCAGAGUCCACCCAAGGGGGUUCGGUUAAGGGCCGGACGGGGAAGAGGGGAGAGCGGGAUGGGGAGGUGAGCCGCCGCAGAAGAAACCCCUUCCGUCUGCUGAUGGAGAACAUGCAGCAGCCGCAUUGUUGCUCCAAAGCUCAUACCGCUGAGUGACACAAGAAUCAAAAAUAACAACAGCUGGUUGGAGAAAAAAAAAACUGUGCUGCAAAAUCACAUGACACCUGAUAUAUGUGGCUGUGAUACAGUGCAUUCACUGGUUUACUUCAACGUGACAUUGUCUUGAAAGUGUGAGAAGCAAAUCACCUCCUCGCAUUAGACAAAAAAGCACAAAAGCAUUUAAUAGACAACUUCUAUCAUGGAGUAUUGAUCACUGAGAAUCAGCUGUACAAGAUGGUGUUUUUUUUCUUGGAGUUCUGUGAUUCCAUAUUUCGAAGAAUGACGGUGAUAUAUCAGUAUCAUCAUUAGCUCUUUUUCUUCAAUGUUUUUCCCCAGACCAUUCAAUUGUCCACUGAGUCAUUUGAGCUGUUAAUGCUUUUUUUUAUGCACCUCAGACAAUAUGAAGCCAUGGCAACCCCUCUCCUGGUUGCUAACAAGCUUAACACAGCUUCAGCUGAGAAAGAUGAUAGUAGAGUGACAGUAUUUGAGUGUGAUUUAUGACCCCGUGGUCAGUCACUACAAACUGGAGGUCAUUUUGUUUCGAAUGUAUGGAAGUUAAAAUUGAUCUAAAUGUUGCCUUGAUCCGUGUGAGAGGAGUCCCUACCAUUAGACUUUUGUAUCAUAUAUUUUAGAUUUGGCAAAAUGUUUUGACUUGUUUGUAUUGUGAAAAGUAUAAAAAUGUACUGAUGAUGAGCACAACUGUGAUCAUUUGAGAAAAGCAAUGCCACCUGACAUGAGGGUAUUUUUAGUCAAUACUACUUACUGUAUUUUAAUGCUAUGAUUAGUGAUUCAGUUGUAAAUUAUGUGAUGAAACUUAUUUUAAAUGUGUUUUAAUUCAGCGGUUGUUACAGUGUCAGUGAUGUUGGUGUUCAUACGUUAACUUCAUAAAAGUGGGAUCAAAUCCACAUUUGGAGAAAUUGAUUUUAUUCACAGAUUACACUUGUGAUACAUUCAUUUAGAUGUCAGUAAACAGUGAAAUCAUUUUUUCAAUCUGCUGCUUGUAGGAAGUCACAAAGUCACACUGCAUGAGGUUUUAUUUCAGCAACAAGUAUCUCAAACCCAAAGCAAACACUGACAAAUUAAACAUGCAUAAGGUUAAACCUUUUAGCUGACGUGCAGUCAUAAUCAAGGAUUUCAUUCAUGCAUUCAUUCAUUCACAUUAUACAAUAUUUUCCUCUUUCCUCUUUUUGGAUUUUCUUUCUAGUAGCAUUAGCUGCAACAAAAAUUAGCAUUGUGUGUUGACAUAACUUAUAAUACAGUUUAUUUCAAAGCAAACCAAACAGUUUUUAAACCGUCGCUUAAUAUAUUAACAAAAAUAAAGUGAUUCAGAUGUGCAACAAGCAA